AGUCUUUAAUAGAUAUUUAUGAAUUUAUUAUCAUUUAAAGCCAAGGAUAAUGACAAAUUUUUUUUUAAUAAGGACGGACGAGAAAAGCCCAUAGUCUAAAGUUACUAAGUGCAUUUUAUCGACAGGAUUACGCAGUUGCGUUUGGUUGGUUUUGUAGCGAAAUGACUCAAAUUAUUACAAACAAUUAAGUAAAUAGUAUGCGGAUUGCAAGUGAGAAAAAUAUAAGAAAGAUCAAAACGCCGAUUAGAUUUGGGUUGUGAAUUGGAUUUAGAAAUUACCUAAAUUGUUCUUAUAUUGAAGACCACAAUCUGACAAGAGCUAAAACAUCGUAUUACAAUAAAAAUGAAAGUGCACUUUCGUGAACAAUAUGGAACGAAAGGAGAGGAGAUCCUCUAUAUAACUCCUGCAGAUCAAAGUAGCAUUGUUCGUGUGCCAUUGCGAAGCGAUAAAUUGGUAAUACAGGAGAAAUUCUUUCUCUUUCGUUUGCUGCAGAAAAUCUUUCUUCCGAAAGGUUAUCCAGAUAGUGUUAGUGAUGAUUAUGCCGCUUACCAAAUUUGGGAUACCAUACAAGCCUUUUGUAGUACAAUCUGUGGCACGCUGUGCACACAUGCUAUACUAAAGGGUAUAGGCGUAGGUAAUGACAAUAUAACUGCGUAUUCAGCUACAGUAACUUGGAUUCUAAAAGAAGGAAGUGGUCACUUGGGUCGUAUUUUAUUCUCCUGGUGGAAAGGCUCUCAUCUGGACAUAGAUUCGAAGAAAUGGCGAUUGAGAGCUGACUUUUUGAAUGAUUUGGCAAUGGGUAUAGAAAUAUAUGUGCUUCCGAAAUAUCCUUUUUUCAGUACACAACUAUUAUGUGCCACGACCGUAAUUAAAUCAAUUGUAGGAGUUGCCGGUGGUGCAACACGAGCUGCACUAACGCAGCAUCACGCGAUUCGUGGUAACUUGGCUGAUGUGGCAUCAAAGGACAGCUCACAAGAAACUUUCGUUAAUUUAAUUGCUUCAUUUAUUGGUCUUUACAUGCUUACACUCAUCAAAAGCCAAAGCAUCUUAUACAGCGUGUUUGUGUUCAUCACCAUCAUGCAUCUGUAUGCCAAUUUAAAAGCAGUUAAGGCAGUGUGCUUACGCACGUUUAAUGAGUCACGCUACUUAAUUACCUUAGAAGAGUAUUUUCGGUCAGGGCGGUUGUUACCACCUCAGCAGGUAAACAAAAUGGAGCGUGUUACUAUUGGCCAAACAGUAUCUGUCUCACUUAAUAUAUGGAUCGGCUUGUCAAUUAAGGCUCUUAUCUCUGAGCAUAGAACGGCCCAUGCAAUCGAAAACAUUGUUUCAUCCUUCGAUCCGCAUGAGCAUUUUAUUAUAGCCGAAAUUAAUAAAAACAUUGGAGUUUACUUACACUUUGAUACUCGACCGCAAGAUGUUUUGAAGGCAUAUUUCUUUGCUGUUUCCUACUUGCAAGAUCGUAAUCAAAUUAAGGACAAAUAUUGGGAAAUUCAAUCCAAAUGGCAAGAGUUCGUAACUUUGGCACAAAAAGAGGGUUGGCUCACCAGUCAACAUUUACUCAUGGUUGACGAGUACAGAUUGGACUGGAAAGCAUAAAGCGGAUGCUUUAAAUAAUAAGAUAAGCACUGGAAAAAUCAAUAACAUUAU